AUGAAUUCAAAGGCGGUACCCUAAAAUCAAAGAUUAUAGUAACCUGCUAAAAGAGCUCCUUCAGCAAACUAAAAUAAUAAAAAUCCUAGUUAGACUUAAUAAAGAAAGACUAAUUUGAAGUCUGAUGCAGCUUAAGAUGCUAAGAUUGAAGGAAAUAUGAAUGCUUGGACAAAUAGUUCAAUUGAUAAUCAAUCAGAGGAGAACCAAAUGAAAAAUUAUAAAGGAAAUGAUUAUACUUAAAAUUAAAAAGAGGAAUAGAAUUCUAAGUAUGAUUUCAACUAUCUAAUGAGCAUUGUGAAUAAGGAAAAUCAAAAUUCUUAGUUCAAUCCAGUAAUGAAAAUCUAGUAAAACGAGUAUCAAAACGAAACCUAGGCAAGAAUAAUGCCUACUUCAAACAAAAUUAAAACAUAAUAAGAGUAGAAUUACAAAAGGAGUGGAUAAAAUACAAAUAUAAACAAUUAAUCAUGCACAAGCGAUAUAAUAAAAGCUAAAUUUUAAAGUUUUGCAGAUGAGGAAGAAGAUGAUGAAAUUGACUCAAAUAAUGGAAUUGAUUAUGAAGUAAAGAAAAUUAGUACAGCAGAAGAAGAAUUAAUGAAAAGAGCAAGAGAUUUAGAGAAUGAAAUGAGAUAAAUAAGGUAGGCUAAACUUGAUGUGGUUGUGAAGCAAUUUGAAGCUUAAUUAUUGAAAGAUGGUGAAUUGGAGGAAAAGAGAUAUACUGAGGAGUUGAGAGAUAAGUAUGAACUAUAGGUAAAUUAGAUUGAAGCAGAGAAGCAAAGUUCAAUGGAUGAUAUUCAAAAAAUGUAAAAGUAGCUCUUGGACUAAAUUGAAUUCUUUAAAGUCGUCUAUAGUGAAUUAGAAUCAAAGAAAAGCGAGUUGAGCAGUACUCAUCAAGCUUGUAUUUAAUAUCUUAGAAGAGAAAUGAGUUAAGCUUAAUAAAUUUAAAAAGAGAGACUGAUGAAGCAUAUAAAUGAGAAAAAGGAAAUAUUCAAAAAUUAUGUUCAGCAGUAGUAACAAUAUUGA